UUAAAUGUCUUUAAAUUGGUUUUGAUUAGGUUCGAUUUAAUUAUUGUAAUCUAGAAAUUCGGUUAGCGAACAUCGUCGUCGUCGUAGUCGUCGUGAAUACGCAGAGGAUUUCGGAAAGGUUGUUUUUUAUUCUCAAAUCAAGUCAUUUACACAUGACUACAACUAAAUGAAUUCAACAGAACACCAAGCGAGAUACACGGAAGUACAUCCCUUUGAAAUGGAGCACGGUCGCAGAGGCAGAGUCGAACCGAUUAAGAAAUUAAGGAUUUAUUUAACUGCAAUAUGCGUGAACUUAUCCAGUUUUUCUGCGGGAACAUGCAUAGGAUGGACAUCACCAAUGUUGCCAAAACUGAUAAAUGUCUCUGAAGACAGUCCGUUGAAUUUUUCAAUUAGUGACGAACAGAAUGCAUGGAUCUCGUCAUUAAUUGCACUUGGAGCUUUAGUAACCCCUUUUAUUGCUGGACCACUUGCCAGUGGUAUUGGACGAAAAUGGACCAUGUUGUCAAGUUCGAUUUUCUUCGUCAUUGCUUACACCUUGUUGCUGUUCGGAAGCAAUAUCUGGUUGAUUUAUUUGGCUCGUUUAAUUCAGGGUUUCGGAGUUGGCUUCGUCAUGACUGUUCAGCCAAUGUAUGUUGGUGAAAUUGCCACUGACGAUUGCAGAGGUGCAUUGGGAUCUUUCAUGCAACUGUUCAUUGUUUCUGGAAUCCUUUAUGUUUACGCAAUUGGUCCAUAUGUAUCAUACUUUGCUCUGCAGUGGUGCUGUAUUGUGAUUCCAGUUAUCUUCGUGGUGCUAUUCUUCUUUUUCCCUGAGAGUCCUUAUUACUUCGCUGAGAAGGGUCGUAAGCUUGACGCCAUCAAGUCCCUGCAAUUCCUUCGUGGUCAAAGCUCUGAGGGAGUUCAAGAUGAGAUGGCUACAAUCCAGGCAACAGUCGAAGAGAGCAUGUCCAACAAGGGAAGCUUCACUGAUGUGUUCAAGGGCGCCGGAAAUAGGAAAGCUCUCUUAAUCAGCGUCGGAUUGAUCAUUUUCCAACAAUUGUCAGGUAUCAACGUAGUGCUCUUCAACAGCCAGGCUAUCUUCGAUAAGGCCAAUACUGGACUUGAUGCCGCCAUCGCAACCAUUAUUGUUGGUAUUGUCCAGGUUGUAUCGAGUGGUGUAACACCUCUGAUUGCCGAUCGAUUGGGCAAAAAAGCUAUUCUCUUGAUGUCUUCAAGUGUGAUGUGUGUUGGCCUGGCAACAUUGGGAACUUUCUUCUUAAUUCAAAAUAUCGGAGAUGCUUCUGGAAUUCUCUGGCUUCCCGUUCCAGCUUUGAUUCUUUUCGUCAUUGUGUAUUGUCUUGGUUUCGGUCCAUUGCCAUGGGCUGUAAUGGGCGAAAUGUUCCCUGGAAAUGUUAAGCCAAUUGCUUCAUCAAUUGUUGCAUCAACAUGUUGGAUAUUUGGAUUUAUCAUCACAAGAUGGUAUCCAGCUCUAGACGCUUUGGGCACGUUCUAUGCGUUCUACUUGUUCGCUAUUUUCUGUGCAUGUGCUUUCUUCUUUACACUGUUCAUUGUUAUGGAAACAAAGGGCAUGAGUUUGCAAGAAAUUCAAAACAGACUUAACAAUCGCAGAUAGUUUGAGCUUUGUUAAGGAUAAUUCCAUUAGAAUAAGGUUUGAUUAUUCUUAACUUUAUUUGUUAAUUUAAAAAGGCUACAGUUGUAUGUAAUGCGUUGUAAAUAUUGUAUUAAAUAAAAAUGUGAUCGAAAUUGUUAUAA